AUGGCGACAUUAAGCACUCAACAAGUAGCUAAAGUCACGUUUCAAUAUUUGGUGCAAAAUAUAUCGGAUGAUAUGUCACCAGUGUAUAGUCCGAUCUUUGCGACCUCGGACGAUAUGUUUUGGCAGUUACAAUUCGGAAGGACGGAACCGAAUAAUCUCGCGAUAUAUUUGAGUGCGAUUCCAAAUGAACAAGAGAAAUUGGAUGCGAAUGCAUGGGAGCUACGUAAGAAAUACACGGCAAAAUUGUUUUUGAAGAAUUCGUUGACGAACAAGUUUAUUGUGAAAUUGGAUUUCGGGGACAUAAAAUUUAAUGCUUUUUCGACAACAUGGGGAUUAAACAUGUGCGAAAAAUCAGAAUUACGAAGUAAUCAAGUGGUCGUUGGUGUUGAAUUUGAUAAACCACAAGAUGACAUUGUUUCUUUGGCCACAACCGUUACUAAAGAAUCCAACCCUAAAGACCUUUACGAUGCUUGGAAUGCUCUAUUAGAUGAUCCUUUGCAUGGAGAUGUGCAAUUUUCGGUGCAAGGAAAUAUAAUAUAUGCUAAUAGUAAAAUUCUUGCUAUUCGGUCAUCAUACUUUAAGCAACUAUUAGAACAAGAUGUUGUCUCCGACUCGUCAUCCGUAUCAGAAUCACAGUCCCCAAUUUCAUCAACUUCAGAACAAAAAUUACCGGAGACACCUAUUGGAACGCAUUCAACAGAAACAGUCAACAAAAAGAACUCGUUACCAAAAAUGCUACGAUUCCUUUACACAAAUAAAGUCGAAUUUAGCAAACGGGCGAAUGCACCCACUUCCCCGUUAUCAAUGUAUCAGAUCGCUGAUAAUUAUCAGAUAGAUGAUUUAAAACGUCGUGCCCGUCUCGCGUUAUUUCAGCGACUCAAUAUCCAAACUGCUGCAACUUAUUUGUUCGGUGCCGCAUCACAAUUUCCGGAAUUGAAAGAAUUUAUUUUAGAAUUCGUGUUAUCGAAUUUUGAGAAAGUGAGAGAAUCGGAAGCUUUUAAGACCAUAAUUUCGGAUCCGGCGAGCAAUCCAUUGUAUGUUGAGAUUGUGACGGAAUUGUUUGGAAAGUUGGCGUCUCCAAAAGUAAAAUAA